GUUCGUCGCUGGUUUGCUGAGCUCGAGGCCGGAUCUGGAAUCCUUCGCUGAAGCCGUCACUGGAGGUUGCUGGCCUUGGACUCCUGGACGCAGAAAGCGAAGCACAAGGACGAAGGUUUUGGGUUUCUAGGAGUUGCUGCGCGCAUUCACUGGAACAAAAGCUGAAAUUCAACGGAGGUGUACCUGAUUGACGUGGAGUUGCUGGGAGUUGGAGUCGCACCUGUACGCAGAAGGAUAGCAGAGGAAGGAAGUAGCUCCUUGCUGGACUUUGGGCUGCUCAUUUGUUGGGCUGCUGGACCUGAAGCUUGAAGUCUUGGGCCGGACAGUGCUCCCAAUCAAGAUUGCUGGACCUGUAGCUGAGAACUAAGCUGGUCAACUGUUAGUCAAACUCGGUCAACGCGGUCAAAAGGCAGUCAACAGUUCAUCAACUCCGAAAAAUCCCAAUUUUUUAAUUGGGUGGGUAAGGUCGAAACGCCUCUCCUAGGGUUUCGCUUCGGUAUAUUGACUUUUAUCCCUUUUAUCGCUUUUGUAGUGAUUUUUAGUCUUUUAUUGUGUAGAAAUUAUGUUUUAGGUUUAUUACUGCUUUUAAAUUGAUUGAAUUGUUGUAUUGUGUUUGUGCUGAAAAUUUAUUAUUUAUUUGUGCUUAUACGGAAGAACAAGGGGUUUGAAGUUGAGUUUGGUGCUCAUUAAUACUCCCCAUGUGUUCGUGCUAGUUGCUCCGUAUAGUUGUAGCCUUAUAAAUAUUUAAAUUGUUUUUCAGCAAAAUUUACAUUUUCUUUUGUUGCUUAUUUUUCUCUGUGAAAAUGUCUGCUUAUAAUCAGUAUGGUAUGGCUCCAUUUAAUGGAAAAUCUGAUUUUAGCAUUUGGAAGCAAAAAAAUUAAAUGUAUUUUAAUACAACAAAAAUGUUUUAAAGCAGUUGGCGAAACCUAUUUAAUUUCUGACACGGAAGAUAAAAGGGCUGAAAUGAAUGAAAAUGCAUGUUCUGUGAUUUAUUUGAACUUAUCUGACUCUGUGAUUAGAAAAGUUGGAAUUUUAGAGAGUGCUAAAAUUCUGUGGAAUAAAUUAGAUGAACUGUAUACCGAAACCUCUUUGCCUAACCGGAUAUUUUUACUUGAAAAGUUCUUCAAAUUUAGACUAGAUAUGUCUAUAGAUAUUGAAGAAAAUCUAGAUGUUUUUACCAAACUUAUUUCGGAUAUUAAGUUGUGUGGUGAUAAACAUAUAGAUGAUUAUUCCCCUAUUGCUCUUUUAAAUGCUAUUCCUGAUUCCUUUAGUGAUGUGAAAUCUGCUAUUAAGUAUGGUAGAGAUAAUGUGACUCUUGACAUUGUGGUAAAUGGUCUUAAGAGUAAGGAAUUAGAUUUAAAACAGAUGGGUGAGGGUAGAAAAUCCGAGGAGGUUAUGCAUGUGAGGGGUAGAGAAAAUAAUAGUAGACGACAUAGAUCUAAGUCUAGGUCUAAUUCGAGGCGUUGCUAUUAUUGUCACGAAUCUGGUCAUUUCAUAAGAGACUGUCCUAAAUCUAGGAAAAAUGAGCAUAGUGAGCAUGCUAAUUUGACUACGUGUGUAGAUGAUUUAGGUGAUGUUUUUAUGAUGAAAAAUCUAUGUGAUUAUGACUAUUUGAGUUCUGUGAUAUCUGAUUCUUUGGGUAAAUCAGAUUGGGUGGUAGAUUCUGGUUGUAGUUUUCACAUGUCCCCUUUGAAAUAUGUUUUUUCAAACUAUAGAGAGAUUGAGCAUGGCUUUGUGUCUUUAGCAAAUAAGAAGAAAUGCAAUGUGCUAGGAAUAGGAGAUGUAUGCCUUAGGUUUUCUUCUGGUUAUGUGCUUACUUUGAAGAAUGUUAGGCAUGUUCCUGAGCUAUGCUGUAAUUUGCUAUCUUGUGCUUCUCUUGAAAAUGUGGGUUUGAAGGGAAAAUGGGGAAAGGGAAUCAUGAAAGUUGUGAAGGGUUGUUUAGUUGUUUUCAAAGCUGAGAUGAAGAACAACUUGUAUGUUUGUCAUGCUGAACCCGUACUUGAUUCUGUGAUUUAUGUGCAACCCUGUGUGCUAGGAAAACAGUCUAGAGUUGGUUUUCCUGAUCUGCCUAAGUGUACUAAUGUGCUUGAUUGUAUUCAUGCUGACUUGUGGGGUCCUUAUAGUGUUUCCACUCAUGGUGGGAAAAAUUAUUUUCUGACGUUGAUUGAUGAUUUUUCAAAGAAAGUGUGGGUUUUGUUGAUUGAGAAUAAAUCUGAAGUUUUUGAUAAGUUUAAAAACUGGAAAACCCUUGUUGAAAAACAAACCGGUAAGAAAAUUAAUUUUUUAAGGACCACUGUCAAUUUUGAUUUCUGUGAUAGUCAGCUUGGUGAUUUAUGUGAUACUUGGGGUAUUUCUAUGCAUAAAUCUUUUCCCUCCACACCCCAACCGGAUGGGGUUGCUGAGAGGAUGGUUAGAACUUUAUUAGAGAGGGUGAGGGCUAUGUUAGCUUCAUCUGGGCUCUCUAAUAAGUUCUGGGGGGAAGCUAUUUGUUAUGCUGUUGAUUUGAUUAAUCUGUCCCCGUCUGUUCCCUUAGGAGGGAAAUGCCCUGAAUCUGUGUUCAUGGGCAAACCACUUAAUUUGCCAAAUUUGAGAGUGUUUGGUUGUGCUGCUUAUGUGAAUCGUGUGAAUGAUAAAUCUGAACCUAGGACUAAGGAAUAUGUUUUCUUAGGAUAUCAUGAUUGCAUGAAAGGUUAUAGGCUUUGGUGUAGGAGUGAAACUUGUUUCAAUGUGUUGAUGUGUAGAAAUGUCAUUUUUGUUGAAAAUGAAUUUCCUUGCCUGCUUGUUUCUCCUGAUGUUGCUCCAAAUGAGGUGGAGCAUUUGCCUGUUGAAUCUCAUUUGCCUGAUGUUCAUUCCGAUUUACUUGUUGAAACCGAACCCAAAUUUGUGGAUGAAAAUGAUUUUCAUGUUGAAAAUAAAGAAAAUAAUAUUUCUAUUAAGGUGGAGCAUGAUAUGAAUGUUGUGUGCAAUAUGCUUGAGUUGCGUGAUUGCCAUGUUAUUAGAGAUAGAGACAUUAGGAAGCAUGUGAGAAAUAAUAUGUGCAAUGUGUUUGACUAUAUUUCCACUGAGUCUGCUUUAAAUGUGCUUAAUUCUCUUUUAAUUAAAAUCUUUGUGAUAUUUGGUAUGCUAUUUUCUUUGUGUUUUGAAAAUGUGAUACCAUGUGAUUAUGUGAGCUCCGCCUGUGCUAGUUAUAGAAAUAAUAUUGUUUCUUUUAUUUUCUUUGUACUUGCUUUGUGUGGUUGUUGGAUUAGUUGGAAUCCCCAACUUCUCCCGGAUGCUUGCUUGCGUGGUCUAUUAACAUGUGUUGUGCUUGUUAAUAGUUUUGUGAUGGUUUUGGUUCUGAACUCGAGGACCGAUUGGUAGAGUUCAGUCCAUCGUGAAGUGGGUUUGCACGGUAAGCUUGGUCCGAAAGGGAACUUUGGUUCUCAUAUAUUACUUGUAUGAUCGCAAUGAUGUACUUGUAAUAAUCCGGCGAUGAUGAGUCUCCUCACAACUUUGUAUUGCUACUCUACACCACCUAGGACCAAUAAGGUGGAGAAUGUUGGAGGUAUUGGUCCUACCAAGGCCUCCCUUCCACUUUAUUAUUGACUUGCACCCCAUGUUUACUCCCACUUUGGCACCUCUUUAUUUGAAUCUCUCCUAACCAAUAAUAUGGCCAUUUUUGACUUAUGUGGAGUGACCCCUUUGAGCUGUCCUAUGCUGCCCUCCUUGUCUUUGCAUCACAUGUGAGUGUCCUUGUGUCUACCAGCCUAUUAUUUAGUAGCUUUGCUUCUCCCUUGUUGAGGUAGCCUGCGUGAAAUAUUAGAGAGAGCAGUGCCCUUCUUCUUCUCCAUUUCCUUUGUGUGAGAGUGUGAGAGAGAAUACCUUAGUGGUAGAGAAGAAGCUUGGAGUUGUGUUGUGGUCUAGCCUAGGGUGGUGUGUGAGAGUAUAGCAAAAGGGUUGGAGACCUGAGCCGGAAAGAAAUCGACUCCCAACAAUGGUUACAUGUUCGACGCAGUUGAUAUUCGUUGUUUAUGAUGGGCAAUGGAAAAAACAUGAGAAUGGAGACUACACGUUUGAAGGAGAUAAAAAAUUGUUGCUUUCGGUUGGGAUGCAUCCAAUACGGACUUUGAUUCAUUUUUGGAAUGUUUGUGUGGGGAAACUUGUUAUAAAAGGGUACUCAUUCGUUGAAAGUCUCUUUUCAAAUGUCAUGGUUUGACCUAUGUGAUCGUAAGUACACGCGAGACCCUAUGUAUGUCGCAUAUGCCGAAACCAUUUAUCCUGUCACAAGAGAAGAAGAAUGUGAAGCCAAUGAUGAAGUCCAAUUGGAAAUUCAUCCACCUAUAAUUUCUAGGAAGAGAGGAAGGCCUACGAUGAAAAGAUUUCCAUCCGUGGGUGAGCGUAUGAAGAAAUGGCAAUUGACGUGUUCGGGGUGCAAAAAGAAAGGACAUACCUUAAGAACUUGUAAACAUAAG